GACGACGACCAUUACUACAAUGAAGCACUUUGGUGUCUACAUAAAGAGUGCAAUCCAUCACCCCAAAUGAAAACAAGUUGCAAAUUAAUAAUGAGGACUUCUACCUUUUCCUUUUUUCUUUCAAUCUCUUUAUUCAAUUGCUUUGCCCUCUCCUUGAAUUCCAUCACAGAUAAACAAUCACUUAUUUUCUUCAAAAACUCCAUCACUUCCGACCCUUAUGCUAUCUUGAGCACCAACUGGUCCCAAAACACAUCAGUUUGUAGUUGGAUAGGUGUGUCGUGCACCCUCAAACACGGCCGUGUCACUGCUCUCGAUCUCUCUCGAUACGACCUUGCUGGAACCGUUGCUCCACAUCUUGGAAAUCUAACAUUUCUAAGAUAUUUGGAUAUUAGUUCCAACAGUUUCACAGGGAGGUUACCCUUUGAACUCUCUAAGCUGCGUCGUUUGAAGGUGAUGAAUGUGGGAGCGAAUUCAUUCACCGGAGAAACACCAACAUGGUUGGGCAGUUUACCUCCACUUGAGGAACUCUAUCUAUACAAUAACUCUUUCUUAGGUACAAUUCCUGAGUCCUUGUUUAACAAUUCCAAGCUACAAAUAUUACAGUUGUAUAGUAAUAAGUUGAGUGGGUACAUACCACAUGGUAUAUUCAAGGGGUCUUCACUUAGUGAUAUUAGAAUUAGAAAUAAUAGCCUAUCAGGUUGGCUCCCAAUUGAUAUGUGCAACAAUAUGCCCAACAUCAAAUUCUUGUCACUCUCUCAUAACCAACUUGAAGGGCAGAUUCCCUCAAAUAUAUGGAAAUGCACACAUCUUGAGGUCUUGUCAUUAUCCUUCAACAAUUUCAGUGGAAACAUCCCAAGUGAAGUUGGAAGAUUGAACAUGCUUACAGAGUUGUACUUGGGGUACAAUAGUGGUUUUCAAGGAGGCGUUCCAUCGGAAAUAGGGAAUCUUUCAAGGCUAGAGAUGUUAAAUAUUGACAGUGCUUCUCUAACAAGAGAUAUUUCAUUUUCAUUCUCCAACAUGUCUUCCCUGACAAUGUUGAGUUUAUCUGACAAUGGUUUGACAGGAAGUAUCCCAACUUUUAAAAAUCUUCAAGAAUUGUAUCUCUAUAACAACAAGUUCACAGGACUUAUUCCUCAAAAUAUCUGGAAGUGCAAAAAUCUUGAGAUCUUGAACUUAGACCACAACAAUCUCAGUGGCAACAUCCCUCAUACAAUUGGAAAUAUGAGCAUGCUUAGAGAGUUGGACUUAGCUUGGAACCAUUUCACAGGUGAAUUACCACAAAAGAUUGGCACUCUACCAAUACUUGAGAGAUUCUAUGUGCUUGGCAAUUCCUUAUACGGAUCGAUCCCAUCUUCCAUAUUCAACAUAUCAACUUUGAAGGGUUUAGGAGUUACAUAUAAUGAGUUUUCAGGAACUCUUCCAUCAGAUCUGGGGAACUCACUAAUCGAUCUUGAAGAGCUCCUUUUGGAUUCUAACAGACUCAGUGGCUCAAUUCCAAGCACCAUCGCCAAUGCUUCUAAACUUACCCUCUUGGAGAUGGCUGAAAACUCAUUUAGUGGCUCUAUACCCUACUUCGGUAAUUUGAAGCUCCUACAAUCACUUCUCCUUUCGGAAAACAAUUUGAGUGGAGCAGAAUUCACAACUCAGGAAUUAACAUUUCUCUCUUCGUUAACUAAUUGUCGACAUCUGAAGUACCUGGCAGUAUAUAACAAUCCACUUAAUGGCAUCCUACCCGCUUCACUAGGAAAUUUUUCCUCAUCUCUUGAGAUGUUUGACGUAACAAACUCGGGCAUCACGAGUGUCAUUCCUUCUGAAUUAUGAAACUUAAGCAGUUUGCUAGCUCUAAUUUUGUCUAGAAAUCAGCUGAGUGGCCUCAUUCCACCAACAAUUGGGAAAAUGAAGCAACUCCAAAUACUACACCUUGAUGGCAAUCAAUUGGUAGGGUCUAUCCCUAACCAACUUUGCCAAAUGAAUCAUUUGGGGGAGUUGGGCCUAAGCAUGAACAAGCUUGUGGGUCCCAUACAUGAAUGCUUGGGUGGUGUUAAAUCCUUGAGAGUCAUCAACUUAGGUUCCAACCAAUUGAACUCAACCAUCCCUCCUAACUUUUGGACUCUCACAGACCUUCUGACUUUGAGCUUGUCCUCCAAUCAUUUGAGCGGUCAAUUGUCAUCUAAACAUGGCAACUUCAAGUUACUUAGCUCUUUGGACUUGUCUUCUAAUCAAUUUUCAGGUGAUAUUCCCACCUCAAUUGAUGGUUGCCAAACACUAGAGUUUCUUAACUUAUCAAAUAAUUUUCUCAGUGGAUCCAUUCCUCAAUCCUUGGUAAAGGUUAAAGGUUUGAAAAUAUUGGAUUUAUCUUACAAUAAUCUUUCUGGAUCAAUACCCAAGUCCUUAGAAGACCUCCUCUCUCUUGAAACUUUUAAUAUUUCCAACAACAAAUUGGAGGGAAAAAUUCCAGAUGGUGGUUGUUUUCGUAACUUCAGUGCACCGUCUUUUUCCAACAACUUAGCUUUGUGUGGUAAAAUAACAUUUCAAGUUCCAGCCUGCCUAGAAAAUCAUCAUCGAUCAUGGUUAAAGAAACUCAUAGUGCCAUUAGUGAUUUUGGCUGUAAUUGUGGUGAUUGCAAUGCUUGCUCUCGUAAAGAUGCGUAAAC